UAAGGUAGUAGAAUAAUAUUCAAUCAUCAAAACCUUAUAUUAUAACGAAGCAUAAGAUAUAAUAAUAUUUAUUUAUAAUAAUGAAGGUGCAUCAAUUCACACGUGGAUUAUGGGAGCAUGAACCUUCUCUCACGCUUGGGUGCAAAAGAUUACGCCCUCUUGCUCCUAAGCUUAGUACCUCUUCUUCUUCUAAUAAUAAUAAUAAUAAUUCUCCUUCUUCUUCUUCUUCUCUUGCUUCUUUUGAUCUUAAGAGCUUCAUUAGACCUGAAAUUAGCAAACUUGGAUCAUCAUCCUCUUCUGAUGAUGAUAACAACAUCAACAACAAUAAUAAUAUUAUUAAGAGGGAUCCACCUUCAUCAUCACCACCAGGGAGCCAGGUGGAAACACAUCCAGGAGGAACAAGGUGGAACCCUACACAAGAACAGAUAGGGAUACUUGAGAUGCUUUAUAGAGGUGGAAUGAGAACACCAAAUGCUCAACAAAUAGAACAGAUCACUGCUCAAUUAGGCAAAUACGGCAAGAUUGAGGGUAAAAAUGUCUUUUAUUGGUUCCAAAACCACAAAGCACGUGAGAGACAAAAACAGAAGCGUAACAGCCUUGGACUUUCUCAUACUCCUAGAACUCCGGCCGCCGUCGCCGUCGCCGCCGCAACCACAACAAUAGUGUCUUCACCCACCUUUGCUGCUAGCUUAAGUUUUGAGACCUCAAGGGGAGAAGUAAUUGAAAGAGAUCAUGAAGAUAGUCCUUACAAGAAGUGUAGGAGUUGGGUAUUUGAGUAUAUGGAAGAUCAAAGUUGGUCAUCAUCAUCAUCAUCCAGCAAAGAGGAGGAACAUAAAACCCUAGAGCUUUUCCCAUUGCACCCGGAGGGCAGAUGAAAGGGUUUGAUUCACAAUUUUAAAGAAAAAAUCUCAUGUGGUUAUGAAAUAUUAAAUGAAACAUGUUAUAUAUGCUUUUUAAUCAAUUACUUAUUAGAUAUCAUGUUCAUAAGUGAUUGAUUAAUUAGAGCAUAUUCCCAAUUUGAUAAUUCAUGAUCAUAGAGAAUUUUAUUUUAUUUUUUUAUAUUGACUUCUGUUCCGAACCCUAGGUAGCUAGAUUUGAAUGUAUUUGCUUCAGUUUCUAAUUUCUUUAAUUGUGUUGGGAAUGAAGAAGUGAAGGACAAAUUAAUUA